UUUCUCACCCAAAGUUCAAUUUCAAAGCUCAAUUCAGUGAGUUGACGUGUAUCAACAAGGACAAAAUGUGCAAAUAUUUUACAAAUUGGCAAGAGGAAUCGUUUCAGUUAUGAUUUUACAGAUUACUGGGUUUAUUGGACUUAUCCACAUUUGUGUGUCGACCUCUGUACCCCGUGAAGAAGAAUUUAACACAGAAGGAUUACAUUUAGGACAGGUUUCGCAUGAAAAUUUCCGGCAGAAUUUGACAUUGAAAAAACUGCAGCGUCAAUCAAGACAGAUUGAGUAUUGUGUAAAUCUCCUCCAAACUUAUUAUCAGCAAUCUCAAACCGGCUACGCUCAAGGUUUUCCGCGGUCCAUGGUUCCUUCGCAAGAUGGCCAACCCAAGCUGAGAAGAAUCGGGGUGCAGGGGGCUCCCAUACGCACCGGGCAGCGGAAACCGGGCGUCGAACAUGGUCCGGGUUUAAUUCGAAGUUCAGGAAUUGUCGAGUUUCUAGUCAACGAAGGUCACAAUGUUCUCGAUUAUGGGGACGUCUACUUGGGCCAACAUUUCAACGGAGAACGUGCAUAUGUCCGUAAUCCAGCCGCCGUUGCGGAGGCGACACGUUAUAUUUACUACAGCACGAAGCGAAUUCUUCAAGAUAACCGGUUUCCACUAACGUUUGGAGGAGAUCAUUCCAUGGCGAUUGCUACUUUGUCCGCCGUAUCGGAAUUUUAUCCAGACUUGGCCGUCAUUUAUAUUGACGCACACGCCGACAUUAACACGGUUCAGACGACACCUACCGGAAAUUUGCAUGGUAUGCCGCUCUCCUUCGUGAUUAGAGAGUUGAGCGGUGCAAAUGCCGCGUUAACCGAUUUCUCCUGGGUCAUUCCGAGAAUUCCCGCCGCCAACUUGGCUCACAUUGGCCUGCGUGACGUGAACGUUGGGGAAAUCGAGACGUUGAACCGAUUAGGCAUGGCGUCCUUUAAUAUGCGGGAUGUGGACAGACUAGGAAUUCGUGGCGUUGUUGACGUCGUCCUUAAUAGGAUUGGCGGGAGGACGAGACCCGUCUACAUUUCGUUCGACAUAGAUUCCUUGGACGAUCUGGAGGUCGGACAUACGACCGGAACACCAGUUCCGGGAGGUUUAACGGUACGAGAUGCGCUGUCCAUGUUGGAUGAGUUGUACAGAACGGUGAACCUGGUAGGGUUCGAACUUGCCGAGGUCAACCCUUCCCUGGGAAGUCAGGCAGAAGGUGAAAGAACGGCUACUAUCAGUGGAAAAAUUCUGGCCUGUGCUUUUGGCUCGUGUCGUGGACAUGGGCCAAUUAAGCCAGGAAAAUUCGACCCACGAAAAUUAGGAAAAGAUCACACGUAAAAUAAACCCCGUCGCGAACAUUAAAUAUCGUAAUUAUGGAACUAUGUAUGUAUCAAUAAAUACGUAUCCAUAAAUU